CCUUCUAACAGACAGGAGGCCAAUGAGCAGGGAGUCCCUCCCUACGCUUCCAGGCUGUUGUGAUUCACAAAAAGCAUGAUGAAUGACCAAGGGCAGUUUGUGUCACAGCUACAGCAGACUCAAGCAGCAAACAUAGAUCUGCAACAAUGGCUCCACUAGGUUUCGUCAAUAUGUUGGGUUGGUUUCCAUCCAUGGAGGUUGGCGUUGUCUCCAUUGUUUUUGUCAUCCUCAGCAUUGUUCUUCUGGCCAUUUGUGCCCAGUGCCACAGGAACGCUUCCACAUAUGGGGUAAACAGACCCACGACCAACGCUGCAAGCCGACUAAAUGAAAGGAGUGGAUUUGCUUGCGGUUGCAGUGGUAACGGCGGCGGUAACGGUGGUAAUGGCGGCGGCGGUAACGGUGGUAAUGGCGGCGGCGGCGAUAACUGUGGUAAUGGCGGCGGUGGCGGUAACGGCGGCGGAGGUAACGGCGGCGGCGGUAACGGCGGCGGCGGUAACGGCGGCGGCGGUAACGGCGGCGGCGGUAACAGCGGCUGCUAGUAGCAAUGUAUCAGGUGUAACGUCUGCUGCUGGUUCCAAGUUAACGUGGACAGAAGAUGUUCAGUCGACUGAGUCAAAUUUGCAACCUUUAUUCUCUAUUAUUUUUGUCUUGUUAAAGAAUUUUCCUCCAGCAUAUUCUAAUUAUACUGUAUGUUAGCAUCAAGCUAGCUGCUCGGCUUCUCUGGACAUUUGACAUUUGAAUACAGUUGUGGGGCCCUUCUACCUCUGAUGUCCCCUGUGCUUCUUACCUUACAUCUUUGGUUCCUCUUAGACAAGCAAACACUAUAACAUUCAUUGCCUUCCACAACAUUUCACAUUGUAUUCUUUACACCACUGUUAGACACCGUAUUCAUCAUGGAGGAACCACAAAAACAUCCUAGGACACUGGAAAAGAUCUAUGACAUCAAACUAAUAACCAGACCCUACAUAAACACAAAUCAUUAUGAAAAACACAAAGUCACAGUUUCUAGACUUUUAUGAAAUGGCAAAAAGCUCUCAAUGUCUUCUUACAAAGAGAAACAGGCUUCCUGCACUGGAGAUGGAAGUGAAAGACAUGUCUUCUGCCGACUUGGACCAGACAUUUUACAUUCAUGAACUAGUGAUGGUAUCAUCUACUGCAGUUCACUAAACAUUAAAGCCUCCCCAUGUAACAUUCUGAUGUUAACACUAAUGUAUAAUGAAGAAAGCUGCAUUGCAACUUUUGCCUAGAUCAUCCUGAAC